CAACGUCCAUUAGCUUGUAUUAUCAUUUAUGUACAUCACGACUUACUUUGUAAUGGACGUUGCGUUACGGGUUUGCGCAAUAGCCUCUGUGUCGUGCGCCUAUUACGCAGCAGCAGAACAGGUUGGGUGUGUUUUUCCCCUCCCAUUUGAAUGGCGCUGGAGAGAGAGAUGGGCGACGAUGAGGCAGAGCGGAAGAUUGGAUACGUGCCACUGAGGUGGGCGGGAAGCUGCAGAGUCUGACUUGAGGAAGAGCAGUGGCGAGUCCGGACGCGUCCUGGGUUAGACGUGGAAGUAGAACGCGAGACUCCCGAGUUUAUUUGUCUUCCAAAGGGAUCUCCAUAUAGAAGAAGUUUGGACAACGUGGGUUAGUUAGUCGUCUCCAGGUUUCUCGAUCACUCAACAGUCAGUCUUCCAAUGUGCGUCAGAGGAAUUCUUCUCCUGUGUGGACUCGCAGCUUCAGGCGUGCUGCAGGCCAGCGGGAUCCGUAUAUACACAGCAGGGGAUGUGGAGGCAGUCAAUGGGACAGAUGUUCGUCUGAAGUGUACGUUCCAGAGUUCAUCUGCCAUCAACCCCGAUGUCAUCAGCAUCUCCUGGAGCUUCAGACCUCUCAAGCCAGGCCGUGAAGAAUCGGUUUUUCACUACCAGCAGAAGCCUUACCCUCCAAUAGAGGGCAUUUUCAGGAGGCGAAUCACCUGGGCAGGUGAUGUCAUGGGCGGUGAUGCCUCCAUCAUAAUUCAAGAAGUGAAGUUCACCUACAAUGGCACUUACAUGUGCCAAGUAAAGAACCCGCCAGAUGUGCACGGCACUGUUGGAGAGAUUCGACUACGUGUUGUCACUACAGCUUCCUUCUCUGAGCUUCUGCUGCUAGCGUUCGCCGUCGGGGGCGGGAUCGCUGUUGUGGUUCUUCUCCUCAUCAUCAUCGUGUCCUGUCGAAGAUGCAAGAGGAAGAGACAGAGGCGGGAAGGGGAAGUGGAGGCUCCUCGUAAAGAAAAAAAAGAUCCUACAGUGUGCCACCCAAUGAGGGCCAUCCACCUGUACCUAUCACAGACGUCCAUAGAGAUUGACAGUUCAGACGGAAUGAUCUCAGAUCCCAGCACGAAAGAUUCCAGCUCCUCCUCAGAGGGUCCGAGCUCAGGCGACGACAGCAGCGAAGACGAUAUGGGUUCGGACUGAGAAGGUGGUGGGAACUGACAGAAGAAAGAAGGGAGCGGGCGUGCUUUCCUAAAUGGCUUCAUGUGGAUUAUGAUCAACGGUGUACUCGUUUGACAUCAUGCACGCUGUCAUCAUGAAUAGAAGGAAAAGGGGACGGAUGUCCUGUUUGAACAAUUCUGAAUAGGACAACCAAGCCCUUGAAAGGUGAUCAAAAGUGUUGCCUUGUCCAGAAAUAUUCAUACGAUGGAGUUAAACGCACUGACGCAGCAAACUGAGGGGUCACAGUAAUUUCUAAAAUCCACUCUUAACACUAGUUAACUGCAGUUUGUUACUUACUUGAAUCAAAAAGUAAUAUAUACUGCUCGCUGGUGUUGGAGCAUACGUAUGCAGUGUGGGAGUGCACAGUUUCGAUCUGAAAAACCUCUGAAUGCAAACUAUCCGGUGAGCCUGGCAGAAACGCAUUAUGUAAUACGUUUUACACCUCAUGUAAUAACGCCACAUUUUGUAAUCAACUUCUUGAACACAUUUCACUAUAAACUUUGACACAUUUUGUACUAACUUGUUAUGAGGGAAUUCAACUAAACUCAGGGGUGUCCAAACGUUUUUCACUAAGGGCCACAGACUGAAAAAUCAAGGCAUCGCGAUGGCCAUUUUUUUUUUCCACUUUAAUUAGCAGUAUGAUAUUUAGAUUUAUUCUUUUUAAGAAUAUG